CAGAGGAACAUCAUGGAGGGAGAUUUGACUUGUUGUGUGUAGAAACUGGAGCGAACUUUUGAAAAAAGCCCACAGCUUCACGAUGGAGACCGAUAAAGACAUCAAGACCACUCAAAGAGGAUUUCACUGUAACAUCUGCGAUGUAAACAUACCCAACAAACCGAGUAUGGAGGACCAUGUCAAAGGGAAGAAGCACCAGCAUCUUGUGCGGCUCAGAUCUCAGAGGAAAACUCAGGAGGAAAACAGUGUGUUUGUGAGCGGAUUUAAACCAGACACGUCUCACACUGAUCUGAAGGAGUAUUUCACACAGUUUGGACCGGUGACAGAUGUGAUCAUGGACAAGCAGAAGGGUGUGUAUGCAAUCGUUGAGUUUUCUAAGCCGGAUGAUGCUCAGACAGCUCUUGCACAGCUUCAGCAUCAGUUCAGUGGACUCAAGCUCCGCGUGAAGCCCAGAGAGAAGAAAGAUUUCAAACUGGCCAGCAGAGGGAAACACGACUCCAAACAUCAGAUCAGCAUGGACAAACUCAACUUCGAACUCUGCAAGGCUGCAUCUGUCAAUGAGCAGUUUCAGGCGGUGAUGGAGAGUGUUGAGCUGAAGGACAACGAGAAGAAAGUGAGAGAUCUUCUGGUUCAGCUGCUACAGGAAGUCUUAACAGAAUUCUUUCCAGAUUGUCUUAUCGUACCAUUCGGCUCCUCUGUAAACACAUUUGGAAUUCACUCAUGUGACCUCGAUCUGUUUCUGGACCUUGAGAACACAAAAGUCUUUCAAGCUCGUGCGAAGUCAGCCGAUCAGCAGCCGGGAGAGAAUCCGUCUGAGGACUGCCGCUCCGAGGACUCCAUUCUGUCCGACAUAGAUCUCUCCUCAGCCACUCCUGUGGAAAUUUUGGACCUUGUAGCCACCAUUUUGAGGAAGUGUGUUCCAGGUGUGCACAAAGUACAGACGCUCUCCACAGCUCGACUUCCCGUUGUGAAGUUCAGUCAUCGAGAGCUCAACCUUCAAGGAGACAUCACCAUCAACAACAGAUUGGCAGUGAGAAACACUCGAUUUCUACAGUUGUGCUCUGGCAUCGACUCCAGGCUUCGUCCUCUAGUCUACACCGUCCGGUUAUGGGCCAAACAGAAACACUUAGCAGGAAACUCCUCCGGCCCUGGACCGUUGUUGAACAAUUACGCUCUUACCCUGCUCGUGAUCUUCUACCUCCAGAAUCGAGAUCCUCCUGUUCUGCCAUCUGUGAAUAAACUCAAGAGCAUGGCCUGUGAGGAAGAGACGUGUGUUAUUGAGGAAUGGGACUGUACUUUCCCAAGUCAACCUAUUAGUGUUCCAGGCAGCAAAAACACUGAAGACCUGUGCACACUGCUUUACGGUUUCUUCACCUUCUACUCCAAGUUUGAUUUCUCUGCUUCAGUGGUGUCUCUGAGAGACGGUCGAGCACUGUCUAUCACUGACUUCCUCCACAGAGACAAGGAUGAAGUAACCACAGCCGAAGCCUCUAGUCCCAAACCGAAGCGUUCCUCUGCCCCUAAACUGGGUCCUAUGAACGUCUUGGAUCCUUUUGAGCUCAGUCACAACGUGGCCGGAAACCUAAAUGAGCGAACUCAAAUGAGCUUUAAGAGAGAAUGCAGCGAGGCCGAGAAAUAUUGCCGCAGUUUACAAUACCAGCGCAAAUCGGCCAAAGGGAAAUCGUGGGGUCUCGUGCGUCUGUUUGCACCUCCGAGUGAAGCAGGACCUCGUUCCCACGCCGGGACUGAGAAGAUCUUGGAGGUCAGCAUCCCGUUCAAGGCAGACAUUUUGCCGAGACCCUUAUGUUCCCAACUGGCAGUAGCAGGGGAGGCUUUUAGAGGUCUCUGGUUUGCAAAGGUUUGCUCCGCCGUGUACACGGUUUUUAACGAUAUUUUGAAAUGCUCACCCUCAGAUCCGAGUCAAGAAACUGUCUCCGCUCAAAGUCAAGAAAAAGAUGGAAAUGAAACUGAGGUGAAUAAUAACCAAAGCAUGCAAGAUAUUGAUCCUCAAACCACAGGGCAAUCAGCUAAGAAGAGACCUCUUACAACAGAUGACGGCCCAUCCACGUCCUCCUGUACACAAGCUAAAAGACAGAGACUGGAUUCUGAUGUGGAGCAGCCGGAGCCGGUCCACUGGAGCUGGAAACAUACACAUCACGUCUGGGCGGGCCGACGGAAGGUCCGGAGGGAUCUUUUGAAGACGAGCGACGAGACCUCCAAACCUGAAGGGGGUUGCGUUGACAUAGAGAGCAAGGUGACGCAGAGAAUCGUGGAGAACGAGCAGGAAGUGCAGGGUUUGCUGGAAUUUAAGGUGGAUGCAGAAGUUGUGGGCGGUAGUGAAAAUACCAAAGUUAACCUGCGGUUUAAGCCCAGCCAGGAUAAAGCAGCGCUCUUUCAAGACUUCUUCCAUUUUUUAGAGUCCUUCCUACCCAAGAUGACAGAAACCCUUUUAGGGAAGACGGAGAGUGUUAUGGAGGUGUCAUGAUUUUUUUCUCAAGUAAAAGUAGUUGAAUUAUCUGUGUUGAUUUACAUUUUCAAGUAGGUAUGACAAACAAAACGAGUAGGGUUUUUUUGAGUUUAGAAAAAGUGUUUACAUGCUUAUUUUCUGAGAUGUGUGGUUAGUUAAAAAUAUUUUUUUCUUUUUCUCCUCUACAAUGUUAAUGCAAUAAACUUGUACCACAUUAAAAUGAAA